CUGACAUCUUUCGUCUUGAAAAAUGGUCGCUGAUAAGCGUUCUUUUUAUAUUUUAUUUCUUAUUAAUUGUAACUGAAAAAAAAUCUAGUGUAUAACAGACAUGACUGAAAAACAAAUUACGAUGGAGCAACUUGAAGAAACAGUACAACGCACAGACGAACAGUUAGAUAUUAUGGAGUGGAAAAUGGACAAUGUGGAAAAACAGAUGGCAGAGCCAAUCGACCAAGAUGUCUGCAUUGUAAAUUUGCUCAAGUCAGUCUCAGAGGUGCGCUCCGAUUACCAGCAGCUACGACGCGAGUUGGUUGAAGUGCAGGCGCUGCAAAGAGAACUAUCUACACGGCUUCGCACGCAGCUGCGCCUCGUGCACGGGAAGUUCGCACGUCUGCGGCAGCGCAUUGCCGCUGCGUCGCCUCCGCGUUGAUAGCUCGGAAACCAAAAACUCAACGAUUUUCAUACUAUUUAUGAAAAAAAUAUAUGUUAUUUAUCGGUUGUGUAUAAUGCCUGCGUUGCAAAAAAAGUCUUAAUAUGUUAGUCCGACGUUGUUAUAAAUAUUUUCAAUAGUAUUUUUUUGUAAUUACUCAUGAUAUACUUAAUGUUAUUUUAAAGGCUUUUUAGUUUACUUUUGUAAUGCGAUUUUAUGUGAACACACCGUAAUUAGUCACUAUCCUCAUGUCAAUACUAUUAUCUCUUAAUAUACGAAUAAUCGAACACGUGCCAAUAAAUAGUUAUAAUAGUUAUUAUAGCACCGUUAUCAAAUAUCCCUCGAGUUAAGGUAAACAUGAUCUCGUAGUUAGUUGUGAAAAUUUUCAGUAUCUACUUUUUUUUAAGUAUUAUAUGCGACUGACCUUUUUGGAAAAUCAGUCGUGUGUAACACCUUAAUAAGUAGCCUCGACUAGUCUGCGUUUAAUGUGACUUAUUUGUUUAGUUUGUUGUAGUUUCUUAGUGAUUUUCGAAUAUAGUAUUGUAAGUUGGUGCUACGCAUGUGGAGAAUGCAUGGAUACAUAAAAUGUGAGUAAUAAUAUUGUUAUUUGUUACUGCAGUUUUGAUGUUGGUAUGGAAAAUUUAUAAAAUUCAAAUAACGUGUUUUGUUAGAAGUUCUAAAGCAAUAUAUGUUUUUUAUAAAAUUUAAUAGAAAAAAAAGAGAAUUUAAUAAAAAUUGUUUAGAUUUUUUUUUAUUAUAUUGUUACAGAGGCAAAUCCUCUAAACUCUUAAAUCAAUAGUUUUGUUUUUUAUAGUGAAUUAAAAAAAAAGAACGAUAUUUAAAAAUCGUUAAAAAUUUAACUUUUAUUUUUGUUAGCAAAAUCUGAUCGAAUUUAAAUAUGUGCUAAAUGAAACGAGUAAAUGGAAUAGUAGAUACUUUUGAGUUCGAUUUUAGAAUGAUUUCUUAGAAUUUAAAACAAAAAGGUAUUGACCUUUUUCUCUUUAUCACGACGGUAAGACAGCGCGUGACGAAAGAUAAAUAUUCUAAAUAAUGAUAAAUAAAUUUAUUCGUAUGAAGCUUUUUAGAAAUUUUCUCAAAAUAUGUAGUUAUAUGAUAAUAACAAAUUAGACAAUUUUUUCUAGAGUAUUUAUAAUAAUAUUCUAUAUUACUUCAUCGCAUUUAUUAUUGUUUGUACGGUACACAGUUUUUAGAAAUGUAUAAUUCAAUAUUCGCACAUAUCGUAUUUUGCAUGCGUAUCUCAUUUAUAGUAGUUUAUUGAAGUGAGUCGCAGAGGAAACAAAACAACCUAUACCCAGCCACAACAAGACCUUAGCGUAGAACUUUUUUUUAUAAAUUCGUAUUUAGUACUUAAUAAAGUUUAAAUAUAGAAAGACCAUAAACUUUUUUUUUUUUUUAAUAAUUCAAAUGUCACAUGCGGCUCACUUCACAUCUUAAUUCAUUGUAGUUUUAAGAAAAAUACAUGUCUGAACUAUGUCUAAGUCGUAUAUCUAAAUUACCACGUAUACCUGAUUUACUACACUAGGUAACACUUAUAACUAUUUUACUUAUUAUAUUAGAAUACAUUCUAUGAUUUUUGAUUUGAUUUUACAAUGAAAUUCGUUUGAUUCUUAUACAUUUUAUAUUUAGCAAGAAUCAAACGAACUAGAAUGAAUGUGUCUUUAAAAGUACUCGUAAAUCAGUUGAUAGGAUCGGACACACGUGACCAUGAGUACGGUCAGCAGACCCAUUUUGUAAUAAAUUAUAUUUCUACUUUUUAUUUGUGGAAAAAGCAUUACAAUUGUUCACGAAGCGUGUUCCAUACCUAUUCGGGCAUGCCACGAUACAUUAAUUUCACUAAAAUAUGUUCAAAGUAUCAUAAAAUUUACAUUUUUUCGUACUUUUGUUCGCAUUAUAUUGUAACGAUUAUUACGUAUUAUACGUAUUUUAUUUCAGAGGCUAAAAAACUAAAAUGAAAAAAUCUUGUGGAUAUUGAAACAUAAUAAUGAUUGUUGGUACCUAUGUGUAAAUAUCGUGUAAAAUUAAAAUAUAUCUCUUGA